AUGAAGAGCGGAGGCGCCGCUGCCGAGAACGAAGAAGAAGAGGAGGAGGAGGAGGAAGAGGAGGAGGAGGAGGACGACGACGACGAGGAGAAGGACCCCUCUUCUAUAGAGCAGCUCCUAGAGCCCUUCCCCAAGGACCAGCUCGUGGAGCUCCUCCGCGACGCUGCCGUGAACCACCGCGACGUCCUCGAGCAGGUCCACCGCGUCGCCGACGCCGACCCCGCCCACCGCAAGAUCUUCGUCCACGGCCUCGGCUGGGACACCACCGCCGAGACCCUCGCCGCCGCCUUCUCCCAGUACGGCGAUAUCGAGGACUGCAAGGCCGUCGCGGACAAGGCCACCGGCAAGUCCAAGGGCUACGGCUUCAUCCUCUUCAAGCGCCGCAGCGGCGCCCGCCGCGCCCUCAAGGAGCCACAGAAGAAGAUCGGCAGCCGCAUGACCUCCUGCCAGCUUGCCUCCAUGGGCCCCGCGCCGCCGCCGGCACCCCCAGUCUCCGAGUACACCCUGCGCAAGAUCUUCGUCAGCAACGUCGGCACCGACGUCGACCCCCAGAAGCUGCUCCAGUUCUUCGCCAAGUAUGGCGAGAUCGAAGAGGGCCCGCUGGGGCUCGACAAGGCCACGGGGAGGCCCAAGGGGUUCGCGCUCUUCGUCUACAGGUCCGUCGAGAGCGCGAGGAGGGCGCUGGAGGAGCCCCACAAGAACUUUGAAGGUCACGUGCUGCACUGCCAGAAGGCGAUCGAUGGGCCGAAGCCCGGUAAGCAGGGAGGGUUUCACUACCAUGGUGGCUCCUCCGGUAAAGGGCACAAAUCCCACCACUAUAAUGGGGGUUCUGGGUAUGGUGGUCGAAUGGGCGGCGGAGGCGGCGGAGGGCAUUUGAUGGCUCCUCCAGCUCCUGCCCUAGGGUAUAAUCAGGGCGGCCAACCCGCGGGUGCAGCCGCGGCUGGGGGGUUGAACCCGGCUUUAGGGCAGGCCCUGACUGCUCUCCUUGCUAGCCAAGGAGCAGGGUUGGGCUUGAAUAACCUCUUGGGUGCACUGGGUUCUGGAGGCCAGGUUGCUAACCAGGCAGGACCCGGGCCUGCAGCGAAUAGUGGGGUUUAUGGUAAUCAGGUGCCUGCAGCUGGUGGAGGAAUGCAGGGUGGGUACGGGAAUGCACCGAUGGGGCAGGGAGGACCCGGGAGGAACCCGCACAUGGGUGGUGCGGGGCCUUACGCCGGUCACUAGAUGCUUGAGUAGAUGCUUAUAUCUAUUUUGUUGUGGAAAGAUGAUUCCUCUGGAGUUCCUGCUUCUGCGACUAUGCUGUUUUCAACUUUUUAUAACUACUCAUUACUCUAAAACUUUAGUUUUUUAUCAUAAGAACUUUGAUAUGUCUUUUAUCCAAUCAUUUUAGCAGCACUUUUAGCAACUCUAUUAGUUUCUAAAAAGCCUGCUAUAUGGCUUGUGACGGUAUUUGUAAACGACUUUGUGAGUUUAAAGCACUUUGAGAUGUUAACUGUUAUCAAGUAACGUAUUUUCUAAUCA